AUGUCAAUCAAGGAGCCAAAGUCGACCUUCGACCGGGACCCUCAGUCACAGACACAGUCGUCGCGACCUGCGAGCAUUUUCUCGGCGCAAUCCAUUGACACACUUGUCACUGACCAGAGAUACCGAGGGUUCCCCUCCGAGCAAGCUUACCUGGAUGCUCUCAAAGAAUGGGCCCAAUCAAAACUGUACUAUGAGAACGACGAACAACUACAAGGUUUCUACGGCACCAAAACUGUGGAUGAUAUCCUCAGCAAACAGGGGACUACCCGGGGUGCGAAGAAGAGUGUGCGAGACCAGAGGAGAGCGACGGUGGCCCCUCAACUUCCAACCCUGGACGAGCACAACGGGAGUGCCACGAACCUGUCCAGAGAGAAUUCCGCUGCGGCUAGUGCUGAAGCGACAGAGACGCCACCAGAAGGGAAAAGCAGCAGACUGAAACGAGUCUUCACGCGGCGCAAGUCCGCCGUAUGA